CCUUUUCUGAUAUUUCCCGUAGCUCCCAUUCAUCUCUCUCUUCAAGCUGAAGCUUUGAUUCCUUUGUCCAUGUCAGGGAGAAAUCUGUUCUACACAGAUUCACUCAAGUUCAUCAUCUGAGCUUCUUUAAGUUAAAGAAUUAACUAAUUGUAGGAGUUCCAUCGUUCUAGGGAGUCUGAGAUGUUGACAGCCAGUGAUCCAGUUAUGUUUCUAGUCUACACUGCAGUUUAAGAGACGAUCCUGUGCUAUCUCCUGAGAGGUUUUUGUCUCGAGCAGUUUGUGGUGGUGAUUUUGUUUGAAUUAGGGUUUAUGCGGUGAGAUCCGAUUCGGAUAAGCAAAUUUUGUCCUCUUACCAGGCAGAAGUUGAUUUAGGCAAGUAACCUUUAAUCAUGGCGCAGAGCAAUUGGGAAGCUGAUAAGAUGCUGGAUGUUUACAUACAUGAUUACCUGCUUAAGAGAAAAUUGCAUAAUUCUGCCAAGGCUUUUAUGUCUGAGGGAAAGGUGGCCACAGAUCCAGUAGCUAUUGAUGCACCUGGCGGAUUCCUUUUCGAAUGGUGGUCUGUCUUCUGGGACAUCUUCAUUGCAAGAACAAAUGAAAAACAUUCUGAGCCUGCAGCAGCUUAUAUAGAGCAGUCACAACAAAUGAAAGCUAGAGAACAACUGCAAAUGCAGCAGUUACAACUCAUGCAACAACACAAUGCCCAACUGCAAAGGAGAGAUCCUAAUCAUCCUCCCCUCGGUGGCCCCAUAAAUGCAAUAAACUCUGAAGGAAUGAUUGGCCAGCCAUCAGCGAGUGUGUUGGCUAUGAAAUUAUACGAGGAAAAAAUGAAACAGUCACAUUCAAUGGAUUCAGAUGCAUCUCCUGCUCUUAUUGAUGCUAAUAGGAUGGCCCUCCUCAAAUCAGCUACUAAUCAGGGACAAUUGCCCCAAGGCAAUUCUGCAAGCAUGCCUGCUGCAUUGCAGCAGAUGCAGGGACGAAAUCAGCUUAAUAAUGACAUCAAACCGGAAGUUAAUGUAGGCGCACCCCAAAAAUCUUUACCGAUGGAUCCUACAUCAAUUUAUGGUCAAGCAAUAUUGCAAUCCAAGUCUGGAUUAAGUGGUGCUGGCUUGAAUCAAGGUGUCACUGGUCUUCCAUUGAGGGGAUGGCCUCUCACAGGAAUUGAUCCAAUGCGCUCAAAUUUAGGCCUACAAGUACAGAAGUCCAAUCUGCAGCAGAAUCAGUUUCUGUUAGCAUCUCAACAUCAGGCUCUGGCGCAAGCUCAAGCGCAAGGCAGUAUAGGAAGCUCCCCCAACUUUGGAUUUUCUGGAAUGCCAAGGAGUGCCUUGAAUGCAAAAGAUGGUCAAACAAUGAGAAAUGAUGGUUCCAUUUGCUCACCAGCGCAAUCAAACUCACCUAAGAUGAAAAUGAAUCAGAUGCAACAAUCUUCCUCACAGCAGCAAGACCAGAUUCAGCAACAACAAUUACAACAGAAUAACAGAAAAAGGAAACAACACUCUUCUUCUGGACCUGCUAAUAGCACCGGUACUGGAAAUACAGUUGGUCCAUCACCCAGUUCACCACAAUCAACUCACACCACCCCUGGUGAUGGAAUAACACCAGCAAGUAGUGUGCAACAUGUCAACAGUGUGCCAAAAGGCUUGAUGAUGUACAACACUGAUGGGACAGGACUUGCAUCAUCUACAAAUCAGCUGCAGGAUGACAUAGAGAAUUUUGGAGAUGUUGGCUCAUUGGAUGAUAACGUGGAGUCGUUUCUAUCUCAUGAUGGAGAAGGGAGAGAUAUAUAUGGAACCCUGAAAUCAAGUCUUACAGAGCACAAAGCAGAGCCUUCCAAGAGUUUCUCAUUUGGCGAGGUCGGCUGUAUAAGAACAAGAAGUAAAGUGACUUGCUGCCACUUUUCUUCAGAUGGAAAGUUGCUUGCUAGUGGUGGACAUGAUAAGAAGGCUGUUCUAUGGAAUAUGGAUACACUGCAAAAUGAGACAACACCAGAGGAACACCAGCAUGUGAUUACUGAUAUUCGCUUCAGACCUAACUCAACUCAGCUGGCUACAGCAUCAUAUGACAAGUCUGUGAGACUGUGGGAUGCAGCCAAUCCAAGCUACUGUUUGCAUGCUUACACUAGCCAUCCCUCUCACGUUAUGUCCCUAGAUUUCCACCCAAAGAAGAAUGAUCUUUUCUGUUUUUGUGAUAGUAACUACGAAAUUUGCUAUUGGAGUAUUAACCCAUUCACGCGUACUCGUGUCUCUAAGCAAAAAGGAAAUGCACAAGUGAGGUUCCAACCAAUUAUGGGACAGCUGCUGGCUGCGACAUCAGAUAAGGUUGUGACCGUCUUUGAUGUGGAGACAGACCGCCUAGUUCAUUCAUUUACGGGACAUUCCAGUCUGGUAAACUACCUAUGCUGGGAUCUUAGUGGAGAGUACUUGGCAUCCGUGAGCCAGGAAACUGUCAAAGUUUGGUCAUUAACAUCUGGGGAUUGUAUUCACGAGUUUAAUUCUAAUGGGAAUCAUUUUCACUCUUGUGUCUUUCACCCAAAAUACUCCACUUUGCUGGUAAUAGGUGGGCUAAGGUCUCUGGAACUAUGGAACAUGGUUGAUAACAAGAGCAUGACGAUCCCAGGCCACGAGAACAUAAUUUCGGCUUUAGCACAAUCGCCUGUCACAGGAACUGUUGCCUCUGCAAGCCAUGACAGCUCCGUCAAGUUGUGGAAAUGAUCCUCUACCAGCCGCCCCAUCUUACAAAUUUGCCAAAUAAUUAGCUGAUCUUCUUUAAGAAAGUGGAGUAAGUUCCCUUUCCUUACUGGAAUGUAUUUUGGAAUAUAUGUGUGUUUUUGUUCUACUUGUUCAAAAAAAGGGCAUUAUCUCUAGGAUCGCCAAGCGUCCUAUUUGGGCUAUAUGGGCAUUAUUAACUCAUCUGUCUUUCUCUUACAAAAAUGAUAUGGUUUGACUAAA